AUGUGGCGGCGCCGGCUGCUGUGGGCCGCCUUCUGCCUGCUGCUGGGCCGGCCGCGGGCCCAGUACGAGCGCUACAGCUUCCGCAGCUUCCCGCGGGACGAGCUGAUGCCCCUCGAGUCGGCCUACCGCUACGGCCUGGACCAGUACACCGGCGAGAACUGGCCCGACAGCGUCAGCUACCUGGAGGUCAGCCUCCGCCUCCACCGCCUCCUGCGCGACAGCGAGGCCUUCUGCCACAUCAACUGCAGCGCCGUCCGCAUGGAGGAGGAGGAGGAGGCGGCGGCGGCGGCCGCGCCCGACGAGCCGGGCCCCCUGCCGCCGGGCCGCUUCCAGGGCUUCCCGGAGCUGCGCCACUUCGGGGCGCUGCUGCGCCGGGCGCAGUGCCUGAGGCGCUGCAAGCAAGGGCUGCCGGCCUUCCGCCAGGCCCAGCCCAGCCGGGAGGUGCUCGAGGAAUUCCAGCGCCGCGAGCCCUACAAGUUCCUGCAGUACGCCUACUUCAAGGCAAAUAACUUUCCAAAAGCGAUUGCAGCAGCACACACGUUUCUUCUGAAACAUCCUGACGAUGAGAUGAUGAAAAGGAACAUGGCAUAUUACAAAAGCCUGCCCGAUGCUGAGGAUUACAUUAAAGAUUUAGAAACAAAAUCAUAUGAGACUCUCUUUAUCAGGGCAGUGAGGGCAUACAAUGGAGAAAACUGGAGGACUUCCAUCACAGACAUGGAGCUGGCACUUCCGGAUUUCUUCAAAGCCUACGAUGACUGCUUAGCUGCCUGUGAAGUCUCACGGGAGAUCACAGAUUUUAAAGAGUUCUAUCUAUCCAUAGCAGAUCACUAUAUCCAAGUCCUAGAAUGCAAACUGAAGUGUGAAACUGAUCUGACACCUGUUAUAGGAGGCUACAUGGUGGAGAAAUUUGUGGCAACUAUGUACCACUAUUUGCAGUUUGCCUAUUACAAGUUGAACGAUUUGAAGAACGCAGCACCGUGCGUCGCUAGUUACAUGCUCUUUGAUCAGAAAGAUGAAGUGAUGAAACAGAAUCUAGUCUACUACCAGUAUCAUAAAGACAAAUGGGGACUGACAGAUGAAGACUUCCAGCCGAGACCUGAAGCAGUUCAGUAUCACAACAUAACAACGCUCCAAAAAGAGAUGUAUGAAUUCGCAAAAGAAUACGUGAUGGAUGAUGAUGAGGGCGAAGUAGUAGAAUAUCUCGAUGAACUUCUAGAACUAGACGGCGGAACACAGUGAUUCUUAACAAACUUUUUAAAAAAAUAAGUUUUUCAAGAAGUGAAUUACACCAUUGCUCCUUCGCAUCCCCAGU